GUAAUGAUGAAUGGCUGGCUUCAUGGCUUGUGCGUGUGUAUAUAUGUCCUAGUAGCCUUGAGGCUUCUUCUCUGCAUCACCAUUCUUCGGUGGAGCUUCUAUGCAAAGUUGAUGGCUAGCAGUGGUGGUUCCCGGAUGAAGAAACCUUGUGAACAUUGCCAAAGAUACUUGGACCAUUUGGAUGAAAAGAAUCAAACUAUGAGCUGCUUCCUCAGGCGUAUGACUGCCAAUCCUAAACAUAGCAUGAUUGUACCGAACAGAUUUGUGAAGCAUUUCGCAGGAAAGUUGUCCGGAACUAUCAAAUUAGAAUCCCCUAAUGGUAGUCGAUAUGAUGUCGAAGUUACAGAGCAUCGUAAUAAGAUGAUGUUCAGACAUGGGUGGGAGGCAUUUGUUGAUGCCCAUCACAUAGAAGAGAAUGACUCAUUGCUGUUCCGAAACAUUGAGACAUCUGUUUUCGAGGUUCUGAUCCUUGAUUCGGAUGGUUGUGAAAAAAUGUUUCGUUGCGCUAGCAUAAAAAACACCCCAAGUGUUGGAGAAAGAAGUGUACAUUCUGUUGAUAUUUCAAGCAGCUCUCAACAUGAUACCAUUGAAUCGUCAGGAAGUGAGAGAGUUGCAAGGUGUGUGAAGGGUAGCUCCAGUCGACGUGGAAAAACAUCAAAGAUGGCUGUUACGUCCUCAUCAUCUGGUGGCUCAGGAGAAGACAUUCCAUCUGAAGAAGAAUCUUUUGAGUCGGAUGAUCUCCAGAAACCCCCAGGGGCAGAUUAUAUUAUAUCAUGUCGAAGUCGUCUAUCUGGGGAACAAAAGGAGAGAGUAAUUGCACUGAUUGAGGAGAUUGAACCUGAAAUUGAUGUUUACGUUGCAGUCAUGCUGAAGUGCAAUGUUCAUCCCCGGGCUCCUUUUGUUGUUAUUACCAAGGAAUAUGCAUUUGCACAUUUUCCACAUGGAAAUGCAGAUAUCACACUUCAGAGACCAGGUAAGAGCGAGAAGUGGUAUCCCAAAAUCUACAAAAGAAAAGAUAGGAGCACGCACAUGCUUGGAGGGCAGUGGUCAGACUUUGUCCGUGACAAUCAUGUGCAAGAGGGAGAUAUCUGCGUCUUUUUACCAACAAAUGGUGGGAGAAGAUUCACGUUUACCGUCUAUCUACUUUGCGCAAUAGCUACUCAUUCCAGGCGUGGAGCAGGUUUUCAAAGGGUUGGUCCAUGCCCUGGUGGGCCUAGUGCAAACAUGGCUUCAGAAAUCCAUAUUAAGGAGGAACCAACCGAUGGAGAACAUGUUUCCUCGGAAAGUAACAUGCAUAAAAUUUCUCAUGAAUCUCUGGAGAGCGAAGACUCUGGUGGUCCAUCUCAGCCUCCCUAUUUUUUACCAUGCAAGAGUGGCCUAUCUAAAUCCCAAAAGAAGGUUAUUGUGGAGAGAGUGCGAGCCAUCCAAUCCGAAGUUCCCAUUUAUGUAGCAAUCAUGAGGAAGAGUAGCCUUGCUGUGCCUUCACGUUCGAUGCUAGAAUUGGGUUCGCGAUAUGCUACUGCUGUCCAUCUUCCAGCUAGAGGGCAAACCGUGGUGCUCCAGUGCAUGGGGAAGAUAUGGAAGACCAAAAUGGUGUUUCAAAGGGGCCACAGGUGGUUUCUGAGUGGAGGUUGGUCUAAAUUCGUCCAUGGCAAUGGUCUGCGAGUCGGCGAUAUCUGCCUCUUCGAACUGAAGGACAAGACGAAGCUCACCAUGAAGGUCCAUAUCAUCUCCAGGGAGGAGCUCUAGUUCGUAGCAGUAGGCUGCUUCAAAAAAAAUAAUAAAAACAAAUGCCGCUUCGAAAGUUCGUAGCUAUGAUGACCCUUGUUCUGCUGGUGCCUUGCGGGUUAUUUUUCUCGUUUCGUACUUUGAAAUAAUCCUUGGUUGUGGCCAGUUUAUCUGUGCAACACUUGAUGCAUUCUAUAACUGACCAUCCUGAAUGGCCUAGUAAGUUUUAUGCGAUGCGACAUCUUUUGCGAGUUA